CUGUUUAUUGCUGAACUGCCCCUGCUGGUGGCCAGUGGCCAGGUAUGCGCGGAACCUGCAGUCUCCACCCUGUGGCCGCAGGUGACGUGGGGUGGAACCCGAUCGGACUCAGGAACAAGAGGGCCGCAGUACUGAAUAGGCCCAGAGCAAUGGCAGACCCAGGAACUCCACCAGCUCCUAUAGCGCCAGGAGAUGGCUCUGGGGGAGGGAGCAGGGAACCUCCUGACCCAAUGCCCAGGGCCAAGCAGCUCCCAGAACUGAUUCGCAGGAAGAGAGAUGGAGGCCGCCUCAGUGAGGAGGAGAUCUGGGGCUUUGUGCGUGCUGUGGUGGAGGGGAGCGCCCAGGGGGCACAGAUCGGGGCCAUGCUGAUGGCCAUCCGGCUGCAAGGUAUGGAUCUGGAAGAGACCUCUGCGCUGACCCUGGCACUGGCCAGGUCUGGGCAACAACUGGAGUGGCCAGAGGCCUGGCACCAGCAGCUUGUGGACAAACAUUCCACAGGGGGAGUGGGUGACAAGGUCAGCCUGAUCCUGGCACCUGCCCUGGCUGCAUGUGGCUGCAAGGUGCCAAUGAUCAGCGGACGUGGCCUGGGGCACACAGGGGGCACCCUGGACAAGCUGGAGUCUAUUCCUGGGUUCAAUGUCAUCCAGAGCCCACAACAGAUGCAAGUGCUGUUGGAGCAAGUGGGCUGCUGCAUUGUGGGCCAAAGCAAGGAGCUGGUCCCUGCAGAUGGAAUCCUGUAUGCUGCGCGAGAUGUGACAGCCACAGUGGAUAGCCUGCCACUCAUCACAGCCUCCAUUCUCAGUAAGAAGGCCGUGGAAGGGCUGUCUGCCCUGGUGAUAGACGUUAAAUUUGGUGGGGCUGCAGUCUUCCCAGACCAGGAGCAGGCCAGAGAGUUGGCAAGAGCACUGGUUAACGUGGGGGCAGGCCUGGGGCUCCGGGUGGCCGCAGCCCUGACAGCCAUGGAUAACCCCCUGGGCCGCAACGUGGGCCACACCCUAGAGGUAGAGGAAGCGCUGCUCUGCCUGGAUGGCACAGGGCCACCGGACCUGCGGGACCUGGUCACUAGACUCGGAGGCGUGCUGCUGUGGCUCAGCGGACACGUGGGUAACCAGGCCCAGGGCACCGCCCGGGUAGCCGCGGCGCUGGACGACGGAUCCGCGAGGCGCCGCUUCGAGCAGAUGCUUGUGGCACAGGGUGUGGACUCGAACCUGGCCCGAUCACUGUGCUUCGGGACCCCGGCGCAGCGCCGUCAGCUGCUGCCCCACGCCCGGGAGCAAGAGGAAUUACUCGCGCCUGCGGCCGGCACCGUGGAGAGGGUCCAGGCGCUGCCACUAGCGCUCGUGCUGCACGAGCUCGGGGCCGGACGCAGCCGCACUGGAGAGCCAAUCCGCCUGGGAGUGGGCGCGGAGCUACUGGUGCACGUGGGCCAGAGUCUGAGCCGCGGGACGCCCUGGCUCCGCGUGCACCUGGACGGCCCCGCGCUGACCGACUCGCAGCGCCGAGCCUUGCAGGGGGCGCUCGUGCUGUCCGACCGCGCGCCCUUCCCGACCCCCUCGCCCUUCGCCGAACUGGUCCUGCCGCCCACCGCCGCGCAGCCUUGA